AUCCAGCCUGGGACAAGGGCGCAGGCCAUGGCUGCCGCCGCGCUCGUGCCCCGCUUGGCGCUGGUGGCGCUGGUGGCGCUGGUGGCGCUGGGUGCGUGGCGGGCGGAGGGCGCGGGCAUGGGCUCCUGCUAUGACCGUGCAGGGCGCGCGCAGCGCUGUCUGCCCGAGUUCGAGAACGCGGCGUUCGGCCGGCGCGCCGAGGCCUCGCACACGUGUGGCCGGCCCCCCGAGGACUUCUGCCCGCACGUGGGCGCGCCCGGCGCGGGGCUGCAGUGCCAGCGCUGCGAUGAUGCCGACCCCCAGCGCCGCCACGACGCCUCCUACCUUACCGACUUUCACAACCCCGACGACAGCACCUGGUGGCAGAGCCCGUCCAUGGCCUUCGGGGUGCAGUACCCCACCUCGGUCAACCUCACCCUGCGCCUGGGGAAGGCUUACGAGAUCACCUACGUGAGAUUGAAGUUUCACACCAGCCGACCCGAGAGCUUUGCCAUCUACAAGCGAACACAUGCCAGUGGUCCCUGGGAACCCUACCAGUACUACAGCGCCUCCUGCCAGAAAACGUAUGGGCGCCCAGAGGGCUACUACCUGCGGCCAGGCGAGGAUGAGAGGGUGGCUUUCUGCACCUCUGAGUUCAGUGACAUCUCCCCACUGAGUGGGGGCAACGUCGCCUUCUCCACCCUGGAGGGCCGUCCCAGUGCCUACAAUUUUGAGGAAAGCCCCGUGCUGCAGGAGUGGGUAACCAGCACCGAGUUCCUCAUCUCUCUGGACCGACUCAACACGUUUGGGGACGACAUCUUCAAGGACCCCAGAGUGCUCCAAUCCUACUACUAUGCAGUGUCUGACUUCUCCGUGGGUGGCAGGUGUAAAUGCAACGGUCACGCCAGCGAGUGUGGCCCUGACGAGAUGGGCCAGCUGGCCUGCCGAUGCCAGCACAACACCACGGGCGUGGACUGCGAGCGCUGCCUGCCCUUCUUCCAGGAUCGCCCGUGGGCUCGUGGCACCGCGGAAGCCGCCAACGAGUGUCUGCCUUGCAACUGUAGCGGCCGCUCCGAGGAGUGUACGUUUGACAGGGAGCUCUUCCGGAGCACGGGCCAUGGCGGCCGCUGUCACCACUGCCGCGACCACACGGCCGGGCCACACUGUGAACAUUGUGAGAAAAACUAUUACCGCCGGGACCCGAGGAUAUCGUGCCAACCCUGUGACUGCCAUCCUGCGGGCUCCCUGAGCCUCCAGUGUGACAGCUCAGGCAUCUGUAACUGUAAGCCCACAGUGACGGGCUGGAAGUGUGACCGCUGCCGGCCUGGGUACCACUCGCUCAGCGAGGGAGGCUGCAGACCCUGCACCUGCAAUGUUGCUGGCAGCCUAGGUACCUGUGACCCCCGAAGUGGGCGCUGCCCCUGCAAAGAUAACGUUGAAGGCAAUCUGUGUGACAGAUGUCGCCCUGGGACGUUUAACCUGCAGCCUCACAAUCCAGCUGGGUGCAGUCGCUGCUUUUGCUAUGGCCACUCCAAGGUGUGUGCCCCCGCUGCAGGGUUCCAGACACACUACAUCCUCUCAGACUUCCGUCAGGGAGCUGGUGGCUGGCAAGCCAGAGCCAUGGGGGCCUCGGAGCGUCCCCCCAAAUGGAUCCGGAGUGGGGUUCUCCUGGGCCUGCAAGGCGGGGAAGAGCUCUCAGCACCUGAGCAGUUCCUGGGAGACCAGAGGUUCAGCUACGGGCAGCCCCUCAUACUGACCCUCAGCGUAACCCCCGGGGGCUCACCACCCCCUGUGCAGCUGAGGCUGGAGGGGGCAGACUUGGCCCUGGCUUUGAGGCCCUCCAACCUGCCCAGCUCUCAGGACACCAGGAAGCCAGGGCAGGUGCAACUCUGGUUCCUCUUGCAGGAGACCUCUGAGGAUGCAGGAGACCCCCCGUUGCCCGCCUUUCACUUCCAGCGGCUGCUUGGCAAUCUCACAGCUCUGCGUAUCUGGACCAGUGGCCAAGGCCCUUCUGGUCAAAUACUCCUUCGUGAAGUUCGGUUCACAUCGGCUCGACCUCAGCAGGGACUCGCUACCCCAGCCUCCUGGGUGGAGACCUGCUCAUGUCCCCAGGGAUACUCAGGCCAGUUCUGUGAAUUCUGUGCUCCAGGAUACAAAAGAGAGACACCACGGGGGGGUCCCUAUGCCAACUGCAUCCCCUGUGCCUGUAACCAGCAUGGUACCUGUGACCCCAACACAGGGAUCUGCCUGUGUGGCCACCACACCGAGGGCCCGUCUUGUGAGCGCUGCAUGCUGGGUUUCUACGGUAAUCCCUUCAUAGGCCAUGCCGAUGACUGCCAGCCCUGUCCAUGCCCUGGACAGUCAGCCUGUACAACCAUCCCAGAGAGUGGAGAGGUGGUGUGUACCCACUGCCCCCCUGGCCAGAAAGGACGACGCUGUGAAGGCUGUGAAGAUGGCUCUUUUGGGGACCCACUAGGACUCUCCGGAGCUCCCCAGCCCUGCCACAGGUGCCAGUGCAGUGGGAACAUAGACCCCAAUGCCGUGGGCAACUGUGACCCCCACUCUGGCCACUGCCUACGCUGCCUGUACAAUACAACAGGGGCCCACUGCGAGCACUGUCAGGAGGGUUUCUAUGGGAGUGCCUUGGCAGCGAGGCCUGCAGACAAAUGCAUGCCUUGCAGCUGUGACCGGGAAGGCUCAGUCAGUGAGCAGACGCCAUGCAACCCAGUGACAGGCCAGUGUGCCUGCCUGCCUCACGUCACUGGGAGGGACUGCGGUCACUGCAACCUUGGCUUCUAUGACCUUCAGCCUGGGAGGGGCUGCCAGAGUUGCGAAUGUCACCCACUUGGCUCCCUGGAGAACCAGUGCCACCCCAAGACUGGGCAAUGCCCCUGCCGACCCGGCGUCACUGGCCGGGCCUGUGACAGGUGCCAGCUGGGCUUCUUUGGUUUCUCUGUCAAAGGCUGCAAGGACUGUAGGUGCUCCCCACUGGGUGCUGCCUCAGCUCAGUGCCAUGAGAACAGUACCUGUGUGUGCCGGCCCGGCUUCGUGGGCUACAAGUGUGACCGCUGCCAGGACAAUUUCUACCUUGUGGAGAAUGGCACACGCUGCCAGGAGUGUCCCACUUGCUACGCCCUGGUGAAGGAGGAGGCAGCCAAACUGAAGGCCAGGCUGACACUGAUGGAGGGGUGGCUGCAGGGGUCUGACUGUGGCAGCCCCUGGGGACCACUAGAUAUUCUUCAGGGAGAAUCCCCGAGGGGGGACAUCUACCAAGGUCACCACCUACUGCAAGGGGCCCCGGAAGCCUUCCUAGAGCAGAUGCUGGGCCUCGAGGGUGCCGUGAAGGCUGCCCAGAAGCAGCUUCAAGUACUGAGUGGGAGCGUCCGCUGCACCCAGCCCGGAGCCCAGAAGACCUGCGUCCAGCUGGCCGAGCUGGGGGUGGUGCUGCGGUCCUCAGAGGAGGAGAUCCUACAUGCAACCUCAGCUCUCUCAUCUCUGGUGAUUCUUCAGGACGGAUCCAGCAUGCCCACCAAUUGGAGCCAUCUGACUGCAGAGGCCCAUGUCCUUGCUAGGGGUCAUAGGGACACUGCUGCCAAGAUCGAAAUAGCCGCACGGCGUGCCCUGCAUGCCUCCAAUGCCAGCCACGUGCUCCUGUGGGGUCUACUGGAAGAUAGAAUGGCCCUGGAGACCCAGCGGGACCUGGAGGACAGGUACCAGGAAGUCCAGGCGGCCCAGACAGCACUAGGCACAGCUGUGGCGGAGGCAUUGCCCAAAGCUAAGAGGGCACUGUCCACCGUGAAGCAAGUCAUUGGUGGUGCAGCCCCAUGUCUGGGCUCACUGGCUGCCCCUGGAACACAGUCUCAGAAGUCCCAAGCUGAGGACCUGGACUCAAAAGCGCAGGCCCUGGAACAGAGGGUUGCACAGAGGGAGCGCAAGGCCACCCAGGCUACAGGACCCCUGCAGGCUAUGGCCCAGGUGUCACUGCAGAAGACAGAGCCCUUCAAACAGCUGCACCGGGAAGCCACAGCUGCCUUGACCCAGGCUUCUUCAGCUGUCCAGGCUGCCACAGUGACCAUCGCAGGAGCCAAGACUCUACUAGCUGACCUGGAGGGAAUGAAACCCAGGUUUCCUCGACUCAAGGAACAGACAGCGCUUCAGAGGAAAGCAGGCAUCGUGGGGGACAGGCUCCUGGUGGACAUAAAAAGGAAGACCAGACAGGCAGAGAGGAUGCUGGGAAAUGCAGCAUCUCUCUCCUCCAGUGCCAGGAAGAAGAGCAAAGAAACAGAGGUGUUGGCCAAGGACAAUGCCAAGCUCGCCAAGGCCUUGCUGACGGAGGGGAAGCAGGGGCACCGUCGUGCCAGCAGACUCGCCAGCCAGACACAGGCCACGCUCCGACAGGCCUCUCGGCUGGUGCUCUCCUCAGAAGCCCAAAAACGGGAGCUGGAGGAAGCUGAACAGGUGGCCGCUGGGCUUAGCACUGUAGAGCAACAGAUCCAGGAAUCACGUGUCUCUCUGGAGAAGGAUGUCAGGGCCCUGUCUGAGCUGCUGGCCAAGCUGGGAUCCCUGGACACCCACCGAGUCCCUGCCCAGAUCUUAAAUGAGACCCAGCAGGCACUAGAAGGCUUGAGACUGCAGCUGGGCUCACGGGGGGUUCUGCAGCGCAAACUGAGGCAGCUGGAGCAGGAGUCCACCCAGCAGGAGCUGCAGAUACAGAACUUUGAGAGCGACCUCGUCGAGAUCCGUGCGGACAAGCAGAACUUGGAGGCCAUUCUGCGAAGCCUCCCUGAGCACUGUGCCAGCUAGACCUCAGCACAAGCCCCCCACCUGCUGUUUCCUGCCCAACCCAAACAGAAGUCCCAGAUCUGGCUACUGAAUGCUCACGCUCCCUUGCCAGUGUGUCCACACAUACUUUCCCCCCAUGGCAGGAGUGAGUACACACUCUCAGCUCCACAGGUGGCCCUAUGUGAAGCUCUCAGUGUGUGCUCCCUACACAUGCAUCAGCACACACCCCCCAGCAUCAGAAAUAUACAUGGCCACACUUGUACAUCUGUGGGCACAAGUAUGUGGGCACAUGUAUGUGUGGGCACAUGUAUGCAUGGGCACAUGUAUACGCAAUGUACAUGUGUGUUCAGGCCCAUCUGUGCAUGCACACACAGGGUAGUCUCCAGCUGUAAAGAGGCAGCCAUGGGCUUGAGCACCCUCUGCAUGUUGGCUGAGUCCUGUUAUAAAAAAUUCCCUGUAGUGUUAACAUUACUACAACCCUCACUCUGGCCGAAGCGGAGCUGGUACAGGAGAAGCUGAGCAGUCAUCUACAGACAUCUGGAGUAGUCACAGAGCUGUUCCUGACCCUGCUCUAUCUCCCCCCUCGCACUGGUCACCCAGCUUCUCUAAGAACUGAAGGAUCAGGCUGACCAAGAACUGAGGAUUCUCAGAAGUGGCAUCUGAGGCCACGGUGUGGCCCACUAGGCCCACAGGAUGAGGCACAGAUGUCAUUGUCUUUUGUAGACACUUCCGUCUCAGGAUCUGGAUGGUCUGCAGCAAUCUCUUCGAGGGAAGUGCCAGCCCCCUUUCAUCCCUGGAUCUACCUGAAGAACCAGGCCCUUCCGUGUCUGGAUCAUGAGGCCUCAAACAGGUCACUGGGAACAUCCCUUUGUGCCCCUGCUGACCCGAUUCUUUGAUUGACACUUUCUGAACCGGCCCUGUGGCCCCACCUUUCACAAGGGAUGCCACAGGGGUGUGGAAGCCUGGCUGUCAUUCCAGGCCUCCUGCCUGGGGAAUCCCCUGUGGCCAAGCUCAUGGUGGCUUCUGCCCAGGACUCCCUGGCCUUUCCUCCUGGUGUUUCUCCUCUCUCUAUCUGAGCCCUCUUCCAGCACAGCAGGGCCUUGCCACCAGGAUGACAGCCAUCUUUGCAGCCCUGUUCCUUCCCUGAGUCCCAGGGGAAUGGUGGCAAGUGAACUGAUUCUGAGUAUGAGAAAAUAAAGGGCCCUUUUCUGAGCUAA